GUAAUUUAUGGGGUAAUUUAGCUCUUCAGAACCAGUUGAGAAAGUUCUGGUCGAUCUUAUAAAUGUUCAGUGCGAAAGCCUUGAAUUUGAGAAAAGGCCAUCGUUUGCACCUCCUCUUUCGUACUCAUGAUAUCAGGGCUUCGCCUCCUCUUUAGUUAAGUGUUAGGAAACGUCAUUCAGGUCCAGUUCCCCUUAGAUGAGCAAAACCCGCGCAGCCAUAGUUUAGUUUUUUGGGACCACCUACGUUUUCUAUUAUGUGUAUUAUCACUUUGCUCUUAAGAACUAUAAUGAUAUUAUAAUAUCGCCUUUUUAAACAUCCUACUGAUAACUCUAUCGUUCUUAAAUAACAUGCAGAUCCUAAUGAUAACUUUGUAACUCCAAUCCUAUUGAAAAUUCCAAGACGCUCCAUGGUCCAAGGAAGAUCUUUUAUCGCGUUUUUUAUGGUCAUUUUUAUUGACCGUACAUACAUUUGGUAUUUGAUGCAAUCAAACCAAAAAUGUACCACCGAACAUAUUGGUGUUGUAAAGCGUUCUUUGUUUGGAACAAAAAAAUGUUUUCCUGAUAUGAUAGGUCGCCAUUUUCAGCAAUUUAGAAAACAGAAUGGCCUGGAAGUUUAGGUAUUUUCAACUAAAUUUUCAAGUUCUUCCAUUUUUCAAAUAAGUACGUCGAUAGACAAAAUAUUCUAAGUGACAAAUUCUCCCUUAAACGCACCUAAAAGCUACCAUUCUAAGCUGAGGGUGUGGGAUGCCCUACUUCACAGUGUUAAGGAUCUCAUUCAAAAAGCAUUCUCUGCUGGGUUAUCUAAAUGAACUUUUUCAGGAACCAAUAAAAUGUAUGGUUAUCUAUUUGCCAAGUAUCCGAACUGACGCCCAAGCCUUCUCCCUACAGCUGCCCAAAGCUAUGAUGCUCAAACCACGAACUACAUCUACUUCUACCAGGUUUUUGGUCACAUUGCCCAUAUCUGCUUCUGAUGUAUCAGCAAAACAAGGGUGGCCUAGUUGAAUUUUUGAGGGAACAUUUUAUUAUCAACUCACAAUGCCUGUUUUGUUGCUUCAGCGAAACUACACAGUAAAUGUUUUGCAGAUAUUUUUAGCUCCUGGGGCUUUCAAAGUAGAUGUGACUUCGAGAGCUAAAUAUUUAUUUUCUUGUUCUUUGCUUUUAGGGAUAAAUUUUGUUCUUUUAAACUAUUUUGUUGGAAAGUAGUUUAGUGGUUUUGAUAAGCUUACUGCUAUCAAUAACAUUCACUCAUAUACAGACAGAACCUCAAAACCAAAUGCAAAGUCUUUGUCUCUCUGUCAAAGCGCUUUAGAUCUAGAUGAAGUAUUAAGGCUAAAACUGAUCAAGAGUCGACCCAAUGGAGUAUCCUGCGCUUUUGAUUUCACAAGAUGAUAACACCGCAUGUGAUUAUAACGAGGUUUCAAGGGCCUAAGUAUGUUUUCAAGAACAUUCGUAAAUACAGACGUCUUUUGCCAGCUAAUUCAACAAAUCAUUAAAAGCUGUACACACAAGUAAUUCAAAAUACCACUUUCCUGGGUUGGUUUUGUGUUUUGCUAAAAAGACUCUUGAGAUGGCGAAUAAUAUGUAGUUUUUACAGGGCGUGUUUCCAUGUCAAAAAUAUUCUUUGCUCCGCGUGACUUGGAAAAAGACGUUUUGGUUAUCUAAAGCCUUAGAGUAAAACAUUUUAGUAAAAUGAUUACAAGGCACUAUCUUCAUGAAAAUUUUCAGGAUUUGUUUAGAAAUCCCAGAGAGCAACUAAUUCUGAAUCCUUCGGUGGAACAGCUAAAGGCAGGAACACAAGGCUGAAGAAAAUCUUGUCCAUCAUCAUUCAUUGUAAAUAUGUUGCUAAAAAAAAAGAAAUAGUUUUACUUUGGUACUUAAAAUUGCUAUUUUGACCGAAUAAUACUUACUCAGACAAUACGAAACUAAAUUUGGACAUCUAGGGCAUUUUAGAGUAAAGAUUACUUGGAAGAAAAAACUUUCCCUCGAUAUAAACGAGUAUGACCAUCGGGAAUUUUAUAACAAAGUUUCCAGCUCAAACCUCGAGGAAUUUAUUGUUAGGUUAUGUACUAUAAUGUUACUUUUAUUUAAAAAUAUCACAAGAAUAAUAGAAUUUAGAAUUCCCCUUAUUUCGAAAUAGGUUUUGAAAUUUGACCGCUUGUCAAGUUUCAUGUUUCUAACGCAUUCAGGCAGGUCUCCGAAUAAAAGUUACGGAUUUACCAGACCAAAAAUAUUACCUUACUCACUGAUUUCUAAGAAGGCAAGUGAGGAAUGAAGAAAGGGUUCAAUUUUAUCUAAGAAGCUUUAAAAAAUAGGUUGUGCGUUGCCUAGGUUAUGUUUACGUAAAUUAAUACAGGUGCAUCGAUAAGGCAUUUCAUGUUGCCCUGGAAACUAAUGGGUCGUCUCUUGCUUAUGGACUCUGUACCGUUGUUUUGAAUGACGAAGAAAGAUUUGAAAGAUAUUUAUGUAAACACGAUAAUCGAUUCAUCAUAAGACAUGCGAACAUACAGACUACAUAUGAACGUGUUCCUUAUAAAGGGAGAUUAUUCAUGACUUCGAUGUUAUUCUAAUAAGAUAGCUGUCUAGAAAGAAGACGUAAUGGCUUCUCUUGAAGAGCUGCAGAGUUUCUUAGGAAGAAAAGGUCUUAAGAGGGUUUUGCAGGCAAAUGAAUCUUGUCUAUGGGGUACCAGUGUUGUGACCUUUGAGGCGAUCAUUAAAAACAGAGACUUCAAGAAACUGGGCGAAUAUGACCAUCUGUAAGACAUUAGACAAUGCGUUUGAAUGUUUUGAAGGGAACAGUUUAACUCGUGUCCACAAAAGAGUUCAAAGACAAGAUAACCUUGAAAUAAUGGAUGAAGAAGUUGAUUUUGAGGAAAGUAGAUUUGCUUCUCCAGAAUCGCACGUGGAAAUGACAAACAACCAAGAUAAAUUGCCACAUUGUAGCGCUAGGGUAGAAGAUACCAAGAAAGAUGGCGCUUUGCUUCCAAGACCUAAGCCUUUAACCGCGAGAUGGAGCUUUCCUGCAAGGAGAUGUGUUGAUAUUCUUAAAGAAGAGAAUAUUGGUAUCCGAAAAAGACUUUCUGUUGAGGACAUUACCAAUCGAAAUGAAAAUCGAUCAAGUUUGAUUUUUGACUGGUUGACGGAUCCAGAGAACAAGGUCAUGUUCCAAGGCCGGAACAUAGACAGUCGUAUUUUUCGUAGCCAUUCGGCAGUACAAAAUAGGCCGGUAUGUAAUAUUAUUAAAAGUAACCGGUCUCAUUCGUUGAGGCAAGAAGCAAAGGAGGAUAAGACCUGCUUGGGAAACAGCAGCGUGUUCCGUGAGGACUCUUGCACGUCAGAAUGCACUAUGUGUCAACGAACACGUGAAGUUGACAAGGAAAUUCAACCUCGAUUUGUUGAAGGACCUGCUUUGACGACUGAGAAUAGAAUUACAAACUUACAGGUGUCAAGUCCAAAAAGAGAUUUGGACGUCAAUGAUUUAAAAAAUUCUUCAUCGACAGAAGAAGCACGUAGUCCUGUAGAUGACGUGAAAAUGGAUAUUUCAACGGAGUUCGGAAAGCUGAAUCUGUCAUAUGAAAACUCAUGCAACGAGCAUAAACCUAUUUCUGUUUGUAAAUCGUUACCGGGUUACAGUGGACUCUCGAAAAAGAGAAUGUUACAAAGAAUGAAUUCCGAUGCAUUUUUUUAUAAAGACAUGGUAAGGGAUUGUGACGGCCUGAGUUACGAGAGGAAAACGAGAAGCUGCUCUAGUCGUAAAAGACGAAAUCGUUUGAGUUUGCGUUUGCGAGACCUCGUCGAUAGUUCGUCACAUUAUACUGGUUCCACCAAAACUCAAGAUUCGGGUCUCAUUGUAGACGUUAAUUCCAAGGAAUUUAUAAAUAACAUUGAAAAAAUAUUUUCGUUAUGUGACCUGCAACAGAUUCAAGAACUCGCAGAGUGUGGUUUUGAUUUUAAUGUUAGGGAUAGUGCGGGAAACUGCGCAUUACAUUAUGCUGCCCUGCGGGGGAGCGAAAAGAUAAUUACAAAGAUCCUGGAAAAUGGCGGUAACGUAUGGGCGCGGAACAAUAGGAAUCAGUUACCUGUAGAAUUGGCAUCCAACAUUAAUGUCCGUAUGUUGUUGUCUGGUGUGACAUUGUUCUAUCGCGGGCAGUACUCAAAAGAGAUAGAAAACAGAUUGACGUCAAAGGCGAUGAGCUUCGAGUUGUAAACAGUAAACACACGUGCUUUAGUGUAGGCGCUAGCAUCAGAAUUCAGUAUUCAGAAAGACUUCUUAUCUUUCAUCUUUAUUGUCUGAUUAUUUAAACUGCAGUAAAGUAAGGUUUCUGAGAUAAUGCCUUUUCAAUUCGGGUUAUAUUUGCUGUGAUGUAGAAUACCAAAUGACUCACGCAAUUACAGGGAAUGUAAAAAGCGUCUUUUGGAUUCUUUUCUAAAGAGAAACGCUACAUAUAUUGGCUCAUAAGAGAUCAUUCAAGUAAUUUUCAACAGUAUAUGAAAAAAUGCAAACCUAAGCUACUCAAAUAAAAAGAGAUUUUACCAUUCUGACUCAAGUUGAACUUGAGGCUUCUUACAUAUUUAAAAUUAUUAUUGUUGACGAACAAUUAUAUAGAUAUAUAUGACGAACAAAUGAGUAUAAUUAACAUAUUUAACACAUGUUUAAGAUUAGCUGAGAGGGCACUGUUUGCGUGCGAAUGUAAUUUUGUCCUAAAGUGACCUACGUCCUAAGUUUUUCUACCAUUAAAGUCUUCCAAAUAUAUAGUUAUCGACAAUAUAUUUUGGUUUUUCAGGAGCUACUUAAAUGCAACAUUUAACAUUGAUCGUAUCGUAUCAAAAUGAAACCAAUAAACCGUAUCAAAUAGGCUACGACAUUUGACUUGAAUUUUGGGCUACAUUGUGCGAAUGUUUGGAUGUCUUAUCAAUCGGCUGAUUCUGGUUUAAUGCAGCUGUAGGAUUAGUAGUAGCCUAUUUGAUAUGAUUUAUUGGUUCACCUGGCUUUUAAUAGGGGAAAAUAGGUAGUGGUGCUUUAAAAAUUCCACCUUUUAUCAGGACGAUGGGUGUAGCAAAUUCGAUGCUUACAUGCACGCGCAUUUGUUCGCAAGGUUUUUCCAUAACAUUUCUUAGAAAACAGAAGUUGUAUUUAAUAAACUAUAACGAUAUUUCCUUUAUUUAUACGACAUACUGCUUGUUAGGGCAGAAUCUUCCGACAUGAAUAGCAUGCCUAAUGUAUUUUCUACCGUUUUUGUAGUUUGACUGUAUUCUUAAAAUUGACUAAGGCAAGUUCAGCAUUGUUAUUAUUGGGCUAUGUAAGAGUUUUAUCCCGGUUAUUACUAUCAGUAUUUGUCAAAAAUUGGACAGAAACGCCAUGCCAGUGAGUUUUAGACAAAAAGAGCUACUACUAAAUCGCGCAACAUAGAUUAAUAUAUUUCUCACAAGUGGUAUGAUAUUCUGCAUUUAAUCAAGAUUGUUAAAGCAUUUGUCAAUUCUUAAAACAGACCUGUAGUACCACUAAGACUAAAACUGUUCAACACGUUUCUCAAAUCGUAACAUCUAACCCCCCCCCCUUCCCCUCCCCCUUGGUUAUAAAAUUGAGCCCUGGUUGUAAAUUUGAGCCUUGGCUGAAAAAUUGAGCUAGAGUUUUGAUGAUAUUGCAAUAAAUAUUUAUUAGCUGCCAUUGACUUUAAUGGCAACACUUCAAGGAUGUUCAUUAUUACAGAAAUUGGUUUUUACAGGUUCUUCUGAUCUUCAUUAAGAUGAUAGAAUGCCUUGUCGUGUUUCCUCGAAGUGUGUGAAAUUGGUUUUUAAGUUAUUUUAGCUCUUUAGAAUGUAUUAUUGUUUCGUUGAUUGAUGAUUUGUUGAUAGUUUGCCAACAAUGACAUUUAUUUAAUUCAAAGCUGCUAACAAUGUAGCAUGAAUGAAAUGUUUUUAAUUCGUUAAUUUAUUCGUUUACUUGAUUUUA